AUGCGAAUCAAGCAUGCUAUAGAAGGAUUAGAUAAUGUUGAUCAACAAUUCCAGUUAUUAGUGGAACUGAUUGUACCUGCGAAUAAAGGCAGAAGUAAUUUAUUGCGUCUGGCAAUCAAUGCAGAAACUCAUCAUUUACUUACCUCUUCUGUUUUUCGCUAUUACGAAAUAUACAAUGAUUUAUAUUUGACGAUAACUUCAGGACCAAGUGACAAUUUAGUUGGUUAUCUUGUCGAAUUGGAUCGACUUAAUGAUGCUAUUAUAUAUUUUAAACGUAGAGAAAUCGUCGAUGAGCAAAAACGUUUAAUGGAAUUGUAUGAUAUUGGACGAGAGAAACUCAUUGAAGCAAGUAACGAAGUUAUUAUGCGGCACACUAAUCCAAUAUCACCUAAUAAAUUACUUGAGUUAUGCCGAUCAAAGACAUCAAUAUCAAUUGAUAUUGAUAAUAUGGAAAUGUCCGAACUAGGCGUAUUUCGCAUUAUCUUCGAUUGGUUUCGAGAACAUGGAUUUCAACAAGGUCUUCUUAGUACUUAUGCUUCAAAGAGAGGCACUAUGAGCUGCAGUUCUCUUCAGUCUGGGAUAGGACGUCGUUUCUCGCGUUCAUCUAUGUUUGAUGGUAGAAGUUUUGCAUCGAAAAAUACAUUGUUACCACCGGAAAUCGAACCAUACAAUAAUCAUAAUGUCGAUAAUUUAUCGUCGUCAAUACGUUUUAGCAGUGAUCGAGAAACGAACAAUUAUAAGUUUUUACUCGAUGCAUUUGUUAUACUUUUGUCACGCGAUUUAGAUUUACUUUUUUAUACCUUCUCAAAUGAAUUUAAAUCCUUAGUCUUCAUCAAACUAAUCGAAUUACCAUUGGCAUAUAUGCAUGAAGAAGCGCAAGAAUUAUGUAAAGCUAUCGAACAGUUACCGUGUAAAAUAGGCACCGGAAAAUUUGCUUUUUAUGGUCUUCUGUCAAUUAUUCGAUGGUUUCAUAAAUCUAAAGAUAUUUUUACCAAACUCUAUGAAGUAAGAUGA